AGUGAGCCUUAUUUAGGACCCCAGCGAGAGCACCAACAUGGCGGCCUCCUUGAGAGUUGGCUGUCAGGGGAUGCUUAGGUCACUUGUGUUCGGUGCCCGGGCGGUAGCUACCGGGAGAGGUGUUAGGGCCCUGCACACCCUGGGGAGGCUGAGAGGAGUGGCGCCCACCCAGGUCUUCAUGCCAGCACUGUCACCAACCAUGGAAGAAGGCAACAUUGUGAAGUGGCUCAAGAAAGAAGGUGAGAUGGUGAACGCAGGAGAUGCUUUGUGUGAGAUUGAGACAGACAAAGCUGUGGUUACCAUGGAGUCCAGCGAUGACGGUGUGCUAGCUAAGAUUAUGAUUGACGAAGGCAGCAGGAAUGUCCGUCUCGGUGUCCUUAUUGCAUUACUGGUGGAAGAAGGACAGGACUGGAAGCAGGUUGAGGUUCCUGUUGUUACAGCAUCUCCCACCCCACAAGUCACACCUUCAGAUUCUGCUACUGAUGUGACAGCUCAGCUACCUCAGACCCAGCCUGGGAAGCACAGAAUACGCUUAAGUCCAGCAGCUCGACGCAUCUUGGAAACGAACGGCCUGGAUCCGAACAUCAUAGCCCCCUCAGGGCCUCAUGGGAUAAUCACAAAAGAAGAUGCCCUCCGAGCUCUGGAACUAAAGAAAGAACCAGUAGUUGAGUCUAUGCAGGCAACUACCACUCCCCAACCUGAGAAGAUUCCUUCUGUGCCUCAGCCAACACCUGCCCCAUCAACGUCUCGCCCUGCCAUUCCUCCAAUGUCCAUACCUGGGAAGCCCCUUGCAACGGGCACAUUUUCUGAAAUACCAACCAGCAACAUUCGAAAGGUUAUUGCCAAGAGGUUAACGGAAUCAAAAUCUACCAUUCCUCACUCCUAUGCCAGCACGGACUGUGACCUUGGAGCUGUGCUCAAACUUCGAAAGGAGCUGGCGAAAGAUGACAUUAAAGUUUCUGUCAAUGAUUUCAUCAUCAAAGCCACAGCUGUGACUAUAAAGCAAAUGCCGGAUGUAAACGUGAGAUGGGAAAGCGAGGGUCCUCGACAAUUAGACUCCAUUGACAUCUCUAUUGCUGUGGCUACCGAUCGAGGACUUAUCACUCCCAUUGUAAAGGAGGCAGCCGAUAAGGGACUUAAAGAAAUUGCAGCAUCUGCAAAGGUUCUGGCACAAAAAGCUCGUGAUGGUAAACUUUUACCUGAAGAAUAUCAAGGAGGGUCAUUCAGCAUCUCCAAUCUAGGCAUGUUUGGUAUCUCUGGGUUCAGCGCUGUGAUAAAUCCUCCGCAAUCUUGCAUCCUGGCUGUGGGAAGCUCCCGCACUGAGCUUGCCUUGGAUAACGAUGAGGAAGGGAAUCCCCAGAUUGUACAGAGACAGCUUCUGAACGUCACUCUUUCCAGCGAUGGGCGCUUGGUGGAUGAUGAUUUGGCCUCUAGGUUUCUCGAACGCUUCAGAACCAACCUGGAAAAUCCCAUACACUGUGCACUGCUGUGAGAGGCCUCUGUUGUGUCGUCUGGAAAAUUGUUACGUGUUUAAUACAACAGGAUAGAAAUUACAAGGAAUAAUAAAAUUAACUUAUUACUACCUGGUUGGCUGUAUUGUCUGUGCAUCACACACUGGACUGGACCCCCCUCUGGUAGUGAGUGUGACAGCUGCCCCCUUAUUAAGCUGUUGCUUGUAUGUGUACUGUGUUAGUGAUAACAUAACCAUGGUAUACUAUUAAUAAAGUACAUUACAAACACACAGCAAUAACAAACCCGUGCUUUACUAUUUUGUAUUGUGAUCCUGAGAGCACCGCACUUAGGCACAGGGCACCAACCUUGGUGAAAUUUAAGUAUGUGCACUUUUGUGGAGCUAUUAUUAUUGUGUAUUUGUAAUGUUUAUAGUCCCCUUUAAGAGACAUUAAAUACAAAUUAGAAACUGUAUUUAACUGCUACUUCAUAUCUUAGAAGCAUUAUACAAUGAAUAAUGUAGCUUUAUUUUGUUAAGUAUAACUUGCAGCAUACCGCUCUAGAGUUUACUGUUAUACAUUUUACAGAGAUACACCCCUGUAUUAGUUUACAUAUUUAGCAGCAAACCUCACAUCAUUAAACUCAGAUUGUUAAGUGGAAAAUGGCAA